UCGUCAGCAAAAUGUUGCAAGAGACAAAGAAAAUUGAAUCUAUGCUUUUUAAUUACGAAACGACGUAUAGAAGUGAUUUUCGUUUUGGCGAAAUUCGCGAGUAUCCAAAAACGACGUAUAUACCUAAAUCAACACAUAAGAAACGGGGAGAACCGCCUUAUAGGAAUAUACAUACAUUGAACGAAUGGAGAGCGAAUAUCAUACCACCAUUCAAUUUGUUACACGUACCUAAGGAUAUCGUGAGAACCAACCCCAAUAAUGUGCCGCAACCUUUCGAAAAACCUAUAGAUUUAGAACGAGAGCAUGCUCAAAAGACACGUCCGCGUCUUGUAAUGACGCCGGCAGUGAGUAUGGACGACAUAGAAGACGAACGCGCUCGAAAAAUCCUCUGCACCGACAUGUACACCAGCGACAUGAGUCGCGGUAUGCGUGAAGCAAGUGUUCCGUAUAAAAAUGUGAAGGCACCAUUACCUGGACGACCCGCUCCUUCUAAUUCGGUUGGAUUACCAAUGUUACAACCUCCAUAUGUAUCCCCGGAGUGGCGAAUGGAUUCCAUCACUUGGGAUAGCAAACAGCAUCGUGGCUAUUGCGACCCCACUAAGGAAUUUUGGCUGAGACAAUAUCCGCCUAAGUAUAAGGUGUAUAAAAAUGAUAAGAAAACCGAAUGCAAAUGAACGAAAAACAAUAAGAAAGAUUAAGGAUAGA